AUGAUAAAGGAUAGCGAAGAGAGCAGCCUUGGAAAAAAUGAACAGCCCUCAUCAGAUGUGAGGGGGGAGGAAAAGAGAGGGAGUGGCAGGAAAGGAAGGAAGGAGAGGGGGGAGGUGGAGGGGGUAGGAGUGUACCAGCAUGCGGCAGUGUUGUCUGGGGAUCAGUUUUCACAGACAAAGCAGGCAGAGUGGAGCCUGGUGGACAGAGAGGCUGACACUGAGCCAGCUUUCCUCUGGACACUCCCCAUCUCCCUAUGCUGGGCUAGUGGUCUCAGGACGCACCCUGAGCGUCCUAUGUUCUGGAGCUUUCUACUGGGCCUGCUACCUCCAACAGACUCCCAUCUCUGGAGGCCUUUCUGGGGGCCAGCUAUCUUUGGGCACUCCCUAAUUCUAGUCUGGUCUAGAGCCCUUUCCUGGACUGGCUCUCACCAAACAUCACCAAUCUAUUCUGGAGCUCUUCACAGCAGUGGCAGCCCCAACUGA